AGCUGCGGCUUCCCCCGUCCCCCGCUGGAGGGCUGGCCGGGCAGGGGCGGUCCGAGGCGGCAAGAGGAAGGGAGGAAGGGCUGGCGGAGCGGCGGAGCUCCAUGGCUGCGGUCUACGGCGGUGUGGAAGGGGGCGGGACCCACUCCACGGCGGUGCUGCUCUCUGAAGAUGGCAAGAUCCUGGCCGAGACCGAGGGGCCCUGCACCAACCACUGGCUGGUUGGGUCGGACACCUGCCUGGAGCGGAUUGACGCCAUGGUCCAAGAUGCCAAAAGGAAGGCCGGGGGCGACCCACACAUUCCCCUUCGAUCGCUGGGUCUCUCCCUGAGUGGAGGGGAGCAGAAGGAAGCCAUCCAGAAGCUCGUGGAGGACAUGAAGCGCCGUUUCCCAUGUCUGAGCGAAAAUUACUUUAUCACGACCGAUGCCAUUGGAGCCAUAGCCACUGCUACCAACACCGGUGGUGUGGUGCUCAUCUCAGGAACUGGCUCCAACUGCAAGCUCAUCAAUCCGGAUGGCUCCCAGAUCAGCUGUGGAGGAUGGGGCCACAUGAUGGGCGAUGAAGGAUCAGCUUAUUGGAUUGCCCACCUGGCUGUGAAGAUUGUGUUUGAUGGCUUGGACAACCUGGAGGUCCCACCACAUGAGAUUGACUACGUCAAGCAGGCCAUGUUUGACUACUUCCAGGUUUCCGACCGGAUGGGGCUCCUAACUCACCUCUACAGGACCUUUGAGAAGUCCAAGUUUGCAGGGUUCUGCCAGAGAGUGGCUGAAGGUGCCAAGGCUGGGGACCCCCUGUGCCGCUACGUAUUCCACAAGGCUGGAGAAGUCCUGGCACGGCAUAUCGUGGCCGUCCUGCCCAAAAUUGACCAGAUCUUGCUCGAAGGGGAUUUGGGAUUGCCAGUCGUCUGCGUGGGAUCCGUGUGGAAGAGCUGGGAGAUGAUGAGAGGAGGAUUCGUUCAGGUCCUCAGUCAGGCGCACAGCCAGCGGCUCAACGGGGCCUUCUCCAAGUUCAGCCUGCUGAAGCUGAAGCAGUCCUCGGCCCUGGGAGGGGCCAGCCUGGGGGCCAAACACAUUGGCCAAGUCCUCCCUCUGGACUACAAAGCCAACGUGGACGUCUUUUACACUCAUUCCUUUGCCUAGAGACGGAUGCCGGACAAUUCCACACCAGCCUUGCUUGGGGGGGUGGGUGGGGGGCUCU